CCAAAGAUAAUCAGAAAAAAAACGUUGGAUGGAAGGUGAGUUCUCUCCCCUACUGCUCUACUACGGGGAAACUACUCCAUCGGCAGCCCGUACCAGGUGAACCUCUUCAUUUCUUCAAACUCAUGAUCAACCUCCUGUCGGGUGCCAUCGCCAACGGCGGCUUCAACGACGCUGUGGCCGGCCAGGAGCCCGAUGCUGUGUUUGACCUCAUCAUGUACUAUGCCGACCGUAACUUGACCCAGUGCAAGAACUGCCUCCAAACUGCGACCCCUAAAGUGCAGUUGAUUUGCCCGUUCAGCCGGGAGAUGAAGGCCUUCGAUGACACCUGUGUGAUCCGGUACUCCAAUGUGUCGUUCUUCUCCGUUGCCGAUCUGACCAACCCUAACUACACCUGAGACAGUAACAUCGUCACCGACAUGGCCACAAUGAAUGCCACACGGUGGAGUCUUUUGUCCAGGCUAGCAGGGGAGGCCGCCGUCUCCGAGUCCGAGCUACGGUUCGCGAACGGGAGCACACCGUACACGGACUCGCAGGGCACCUCGCAGGUGAUAUACGGGCUGGCACAGUGCACCAGAGACCUCAACGCCAGCGAGUGCAUGAGGUGCCUCACAACCUUAAUGGCGGGGCUGUCGAGCUCGAGCCCGAGCAACACCUACGGCACCGCCGCUACUGCCGUCCCUGCCACUCCCGUCGAUGACUCCCCGACCACAAGAUCAAUCGCCACAGCCCGGCCUGGAGAGGGAUCAGGUGCUCGGCGUGACUGCGGGUUCCGUGGCUUUCGUCAUGUGCACCGGCAACUUGGUUUGAAUUGGUUCCUGCUGCACCGCCGCAGCAUAAAGGCAAGAGAGCACAAACUAGAUGUGUUCGACCGGGGUCCUCUCCAAGAUGAGUCGUUUGAGGAAGGAACAGGGCCAAGACGAUUCCGGUGUCCACCCCUGCCACCACGGCUCAAGAGGUUGAUAAGAUUUAUUUCCUUUUGUAGCUGAAUGGAAUUGAUUUAACACUCAACGUUAUCAAUGCAAGAUUUGCACCAACAUCAACUGUAGCCAGUAAGAACAUGCACGGUCUUGUUCUAUACAGUUGCAUCUGUCCAUGGUCUUGUUCUAUACAGUUGCAAGCUAAGAGGUUGUUAGUUUCUCAUUACCAACAUAAUAUAUUGUUGGAGAUGUCUAUCCUGCCAUUGCAUUAGUGACGUGGUCGGCUGGUGGCCCCUAUUGACGCAGUACUCCGAGAUGCCUAGUUGACCAGAAGCCUCAGUGACGGGGUAUAACCCAGAAGCCAUGAACGACACUCUUAAGAGUUGUCAAUAUGCCGUGGAUAUCUAAUUCUAGUGGAGCGAAUGAUUUGUUGUAUGUGUUCACAAUGAAGACGCCUGCUGAUGUUGAAAAGCACAUGGAAUCAAUUGGUGCGAAAUUAUGCUAUUGUGACAAAAUUUUUGGCCUAUAUUAGUUAUGAUUUGGAUUUAAUAAGGGAGAGGAUCAUGUGAAAACUUGAGAGGAUGUGAGCCCCCAGUCAUGGCUAUGAGGAAAACUAUCCAAAGAGGCACAUGAGCUCAUCGAGCAUUUGUUU